AUCUCUUUGCUCUCUCUCUCUCUCUCUCGUCAAAGCAGCUGAUCGAGUAUUCUCAUUUUCUAGGGUUCCAAUCAAAAUCUAUCUGCAACAACAACAAAAAAAUGGCUUUGGCUAAUCGUUUCAGAUCAGGGAUCUCCUUCUUCAAGAACAUCUCCAUUUCUGAUUCUGUCUCCUCCGCUAGAUCCAAUCCCCAUGGAGCCUCGCUUUUCCCUGCGCAGUUGAGAAGCUAUGCAACUGCUUCGGCUCAAUCAACCGCUAAUGUUAAGGUGCCUAUAGCUUUAGUUGGUGAAAAUGGCAACUUUGCUUCGUGGCUAUACAUUGCAGCUGUGAAAAUGAACUCCUUGGAAAAGAUUGAGUCGGAUCUUUCUGAGAUGAUUGAGGCUAUGAAGACAGCUCCUACUUUUGCUCAGUUUACAAAGGACCCCUCUGUUCCUAGAGCGACAAGACUGGCUGCUAUUAGGGAUGCUUGUGAUCAAGCAAAGUUUGCUGAACCCACCAAGAACUUCCUCUCUUUGUUAGCUGAGAAUGGAAAGCUGAAGAACCUAGAUGCCAUCGUGAAGAAGUUUAUGCAGCUGACAAACGCACACAGGGGAGAUAUCAAAGUUUUGGUUACCACAGUCAUGCCGCUUCCCCCUGCUGAGGAGAAGGAACUGAGGGAGACACUCCAGGAGAUCAUUGGAGAAGGGAAAAAAGUAACUGUGGAACAAAAGAUUGAUCCAAGUAUCUACGGUGGGCUAAUCGUAGAGUUCCAACAAAAGGUGUUGGACAUGUCAAUCAGGACAAGGGCACAGCAGAUGGAGAGGCUCCUCCGUGAACCUGUGGACUUCACCAACCUCUGAAAAAUCUAUCUUGAGAGAAACAUCCCCCCAAGAAAACAAGUUUGUGACGAUGCCACCCAAUUGACAAAUAAAAAUAUGGACCCUCCGGGGAAAACAAUAUAUAGCUUUGGCCACUUGCUCUCGUUUUUGAAUUUUGUCAUUUGCAAUUUACCAUUUGUUGUUGUUGUUUGCUCUUCCUUCGAAAUAAGUUUUUUCGAGACGUCAAAAUUUCAAUGAGAUUAUAUAUUGUCCUUAGUUUU